GUCAAUUUGCAGAAUUUCCAAAGUAAUGGAUCCCCAGAAAAAAGCCCAGGAUGUUGUCCGAUGUGACCUUUGUAAGACUGCUGUGGUACAGAUGCAUUGUGAUUUCUGCGAUGUUAACUUAUGUAUAACUUGUAUAGGUAAACACGUUUCUGACGACUAUGACAAACAUAAAGUGGUUCCUUUCCAACAACGAAAAACAACCUUGAUCUAUCCAAUGUGUACAAUUCAUCCAACCAAAAGUUGUGAGUUACAGUGCAAGGAAUGCAACAUUCCUGUUUGUACAAUUUGCGCAGCUACCAUUCAACACAAAAAGCAUGAUCUCUUACUCCUUACAGAAAUCUAUGAUGCAAUGAAAAAAUCCAUUAGAAACGAAACGACAGAAAUUGAAAAUAAUCUUUUACCAACAUAUGAAUCAUUAGCAAUUGACAUAGAAACUCAGAUGUCCAGUUUAGAUAGUGAUUACGGGAAUCUUGCAGAUUUAGUGACGAAACAUGGAGAAGACUGGCACAAAGAAAUUGACAGAAUCACAGAGGAAAUGAAAAAUGAAAUUAAUGAGAUGAAAGGCAAACACAAAAGCAUUCUGAAACAACACCUGGACGAAAUCAAGCAAGUACAGUCUCUUAUGGAUCAAACGCUGCCUACUCUUAAGAAAAUUGAAGAGUCAAAUAAAGUGAUUCUGGCUUUAGAAUACACCUCCAAAAUCAAAGAAUUCAGCAAACUUCCUCCCAAAGUUCAAGUAUCACUACCAACAUUUACUACAGGAAAUAUAAACAGAGAACUCCUUGACAAAUUAUUUGGAUCUUUAGCACCCAUAUCCAUCAAGAGAGAAGAAGAUGGCUACAGGCUGAAGAAAAUGAAGGCCACAGCUAAAGAACUAUUGGAAGUACAUGAGCUCAUUGCGUCUAUUAAUACGGGGUUUAAGUAUAUCAGAGGGGUUACCUGUCUAAGUGAAGAAGAAAUCUGGAUAUGUGGCAACAGCAGUGGUUUAAAAUGCUUUAACAUUGAAGGUUCGGUUAAAAAGACUGUCAAAACAAAAUCAGGGGAUUAUCCAUAUGAUAUAACAUUGACAGAUGAUGGGGACCUAGUGUACACAGACGGGACAACAAGGACUGUGAAUAAAGUAAGGAAUGGACAGAUAGAGGAGGUGAUCAGACUACAAAACUGGAUACCUAAACAACUCUGCGUCACCUCCUCUGGUGAUCUCCUGAUUACCAUGUACAGUGAUGAUAAAACACAAUCCAAAGUUGUCCGUUACUCAGGCUCCACAGAGAAAGAAACAAUCCAGUUUGAUAAUGAGGGUAAACCUCUGUAUUCAGGAAACAGCAACACUAAAUACAUCAGUGAAAACAGAAACCUGGAUAUCUGCGUGGCUGACUAUAAAGCUAGUGCUGUAGUGGUGGUCAAUCAGACUGGUAAACUCAGGUUCAAAUACACUGGUCAUAGCUCUACUACUGAGAAAGAACCGUUUAUGCCAUGGGGAAUCACAGCAGAUAGUCAGUGUCAUAUCCUGAUAUCAGACAAGCCUAACCACUGUAUUCACAUCCUAGAAGAGCAUGGACAGUUCCUCCAGUAUAUAGAUAACUGUAAUUUAAAAGCCCCUACAUGUUUGUUUGUGGACAAAAGCGAUAAUCUCUUUGUUGCUAAGCAUUCUAGUGGGAAUGUCAAGAAGAUUAAAUAUAUCAAUUAAGUAGUCACAUGCUCUAUCGUGGACUAAGUACAGUAGUACUGUAUGUAUGUACGUGCAGGGUUCUUAUUCUGUGCUUGCUACUUUCUACCAUUUUUAACCUUUUCAAAAUCUAUUUAGGCAUUGAAAAAUGUUUUUAUGUUUUUCUAGUAAUGUAUACCAU